CCUGCAAAUGUGAAGCAUCAAAUGACAUGCAUGGCCUGUUAGUUUUGCCUCGAUCAGUACAUACAGAUGAAAUGCUACCGUUACUGUUAAUACGAAAAUGAAAGUUAAUAAGAGUAUGUAUAUUUACUCUCCAGUCUGCACGAAAAAAUAGUUUGGUACGUAGGGUGAAGUAGACGUACAUGUGAAGGCCAGAAGACACAUAACUCUUUCAAUUAUUUCUAACCACCACAUUUAUUAAUAUUAAUUUCUAUACUUCGUUUAGUAGUCUUAAUGUCUUGAACCACCACAUCUUCUUCAUUUUAAAACACUCUCCUCAAUUCUUUCUUCUAAAACAGAGAGCCGGAGAUAGGAUUAAUCUAAAACAACAACAACAAAAAUCUUCUUCUUCUUCCUCUUCUUCUUCUUAUCAAAAAGCUGUUUGUUAGUUCUUCUUCCUUCUCAAGAAGGCAAUAGUGAUUUUCUUCUUCGUUUCUCUACAAUCAGUAAACAUGACUCACCAAGGCCAAUCAUCUUCCUUCGCAAACAGAAAUCUCGACACAAUCCUCCUUAAUGUCAACGAUCGGUUCCCGCGUCAUUUUUUGACUCGAUAUUCCCAGGUGCAGUUGAACCUGGAAGCAUAACUUCCCCACCCAGUUUUAAGAGGGAAAUCCAGGAGUUUCUGGCUAAGAACGCAGGAUUGCAUGAGGUUCCUUUGGUCCAUAUAGCGUACAGGUUGCAAGAUUUAGCGAUUUGGAGGAAUUCGGAUUACUUGGUACAUUAACCUUUUGCUCACUCCACAUUGGAAAAUGGAAAGGGGCAUCAGUAGUCAUUAAAAAGCUUAAAGAUAGCUGCUUCCAAGGAUAUUCCCGGGAACAAGAGGAUAAUUUGAUAGAGAUAUUUUGGCGUGAAGCAGUUAUUAUGUCAAAGACUGAGCAUCCAAAUGUGGUGAAGUUUUAUGCGGUUGUCCCUGAUGGUCCACAGCCAAAACUUACUGUCCUCUGUGAGUAUAUGCAACAUGGAUGUCUAAGGAAAUAUCUUGCAGAGAAUCCAGGGAAACUUGACAAAAGUGACAAGGUGAGGAUAGCGAUGCAUGCAGCGCGUGGGCUAGCAUACUUGCAUGCCCAAAAUAUCAUACACUUUGAUGUCAAGUGUAACAACUUGUUGCUCUAUGAUAACAAUCCCUGCAAGAUUGGUGACUUGGGCAUGUUUAAUACAAAUAUAAGGAGAACUCCGGAAGAUCUCGAUUUGGCUGACUGGAAACAGUCGUUUCCUUGGAUUGCACCUGAGCGGUUGGAUGACAGCGGGAGUAGAGCUUCAGGGAGGGCUGCUGAUAUAUUUUCAUUUGGGAUCGUACUAUGGGAGAUUUGGACGGAACAAGUACCCUAUGCAAACAUGGAUAUUUCCCUGGAGAAAUUUCUUGAUGAUCUUAAAAAUAAAGAGCUGAGGCCGGCGAUUCCGGAGUGCUGUGAUAGCUAAUGGGGAACACUCAUGAAGGACUGUUGGGCAGAAAACCCUAUGGUUCGACCAUCCUUUGCAGACAUAGUUAAGCGUUUAGAGGUUAUGUGAAGAGCGCAAAUUAGUGUUUGCCGUUGAUUUUAGUAUGUAUUAAUUUGUGUUCGGAUUUGUCGUUUUAGUAUUUGGGUGUUGACCGGUAGUCAACUUGGUCAGUUAAGUAUUCAGGUCAAACUUAGUAAUAACCGUUUUAUUAAAAACAACUCCUAUGGUUGAUGUUAAUUUAGAUUGGUGGCUGAGAAUAAACCAAAAUAAGUAUGUUACAACUAGUUGUGCGGGCGGCUGAAUCUAAUGAAAAACAUUACACAACUAAUUUUGUGCAUAAAGGCACCAGUUUUGAGCUGUUUCUUCA